AUGAGCAGUGGCCGAGCUGGAUCGAGGUCGCAGCCGUCGAGCGUCGAGCACUGGCUCUCAGACGGGCCCGUCAAGAUGCGCCGCUCGGGCCUCCGGAGCCGCUCAACGCAGCUCAUGGCGUUCCGUUUCGCGUCGGUCGUACUGGUCAUUUGGUACGAGUUCUUCAGCUCCCUCUCGGGCUGCAAGUUUCCCGACGUCGUCCUGCGCGCCGAGUCGGCACAGGCUCCGACGCACGUUGUGCUCAUCGCGGACCCCCACGUCCCGCACCCUAGCCUCUCGCACCCGCCGGACAGUGCGCCGUGGGUCAAUGCGAUCCGCCAGGGCAUGGAGGAGCUGUUCAUGCGCAAGAGCUGGAAUGUGGUGCGCCGCCUCGGCCGGAUCGAUGCCGUCAUUGUUGUCGGCGACAUUCUUGACUGCGGGCGCGAGUUCAUGUCGGACAAGCACUAUGACGAGUACUACCAGAUCUUCCGCUCAAUCUUCAAGCUUCACCCCACCACAGACAUCUACUUUGUGCCAGGGAACCACGAUAUCGGGCUUGGGCCACCUGGCACGUUCUCCCCCUUUGCGCGCCGGCGAUUCCAGGAGCACUUUGGUGACCUCAAUGCGGUCGUGUCGGUGGCCAACCACAGUCUGAUCCUGCUCGACUCAAUCGGCCUAAUCGAGGAGGACCGACGACGAUACGCCGCCGAGAUCCAGUACGGCGAGUGGUCCGGUAUCGCUGGAGGCGUUAUCGAGUUUGUGCAGGCACUUGGGAAAGAACCACCACCCAACCCCAUCCUCAUCUCGCACGUCCCGCUCGCACGCCCUGACACUGUCAACUGUGGCCCGCUCCGCGAGUAUGGCACAAUCCAGAAGGGAGUCGGAGUCGGAUAUCAGAAUCUCCUCGGCGGCGAGACGAGCGACUUCUUGCUGGAGGCGCUCCGGCCAAUCGUCGUGUUCAGCGGCGACGACCACGAUUACUGUGACAUCACCCACCAGCACGGUAUCCGCGAGGUGACUCUCAAGUCGUUCUCGUCCUCUGCUGGCAUUCAGAAGCCAGGUCUGCAACUGCUGUCUCUGAUCCCUCCUCAAGAGGGAGUCUUGAGCCAUGCCGAUGUCCCCUGCUUCCUUCCGGACCAGCUCGGCGUCUACAACUGGAUCUACCUGCCCUUCAUCAUCUUCACGUUCGCCUACAUCCUACUCACCAACUUGCGCUCGGCACUAGUGCGAGGUUCGCACCAUCACCACGGUGGCGAUCGGUCACCAAAACCCAGACACAGCCCCCGUCCGGACGAGAAGCGUCGCGAGCGCCCCGUCUUGACGACAACACGGUCGUCACAGCAUUUACAGAGCUUGACCGCAACCGCGCGAGGACGACACCACUUGGCGGCCGCGGGGUCAGCGCCAAACUCGCCACAUCUGAGCCCCCGGAUACCGUACGAUGACAACGACUCGGAGCUGGGGGACGGCUACAUCUCGCCGGCUUUGUCGAGGCGCUCUAGCUACGGUGUUGAUUUGAACGAGGCGGGUGCAGCGACACCGCCUCUCCUCCGCAUGUCGUCUUCGACUGGUCUUCCAAGCCCAAUUGUCCAGCCGGUACCUCGCCGAGUCGCACUUCCGCGAAUGCUGUCCGCAUCAGACUGGGUAGCUUCCGCGCGUGCCAAGGACACGUCAGUCAUCAGCUUGGGAGCUGCCCACGGCAACUCGUAUUUCUCCAAGCUUACGAGAUCCCUGCGCUGGUUGUGGCGCACGAGGAAUAGCGUGGUCAUCAAGAGCGUACGUGAGCUGCUGUCUGUCAUCCUUCCCGCCGCAAUCGUAUGGGUCAUUGUGAAUGCCAUAUGGUAGGGACUGGGGCUGGCUGAGAGGGAGAUUUGAUUCGCGCGGUGCAUAACAUAGACAAGAUCAGUACCAUGUAGUCGACAAUGUAGCUCUAUCAUGCAUGCGGGUUUGCAGCAGGCAACAAGAAACA